UCCCCACCUCAAAUUAAUGUCUCUAACCCUAGAAAAUCCUUCAUUCGCUUCUUUUCCCUGCAAAGUGCGAGCUCACAAGUUUUUGUCCCAGAAACCAAUGGAGAUUCCAAAUCGAAGCGUCUAACAGAAAGGGGUCUCGAAUUCGAACCUGGCGGGUCUUUCUUCCGCCAAGAGAGCGCAAUCGGCCGCGACCUCGGAAUCCUCGCAGCCUCUGUUUACAAGAAAUCGAAAGGUAGUCUUCGAGUUCUUGAUGCGAUGUGUGGAUGUGGAAUUCGGUCUCUUCGAUAUCUUGUUCAAGCAGAAGCUGAUUUUGUUUGGGCCAACGAUGCAAAUGAAGAAUACCGUAGGACCAUUUUGUCGAACUUGUCUGGAGAAGUUAGGAUUUUAGAAAGGGAUCGGAGGAGAUGGGUGGUGACUCAUUUCGAUGCGAAUCGGGUUAUGACGGAGUGCUUUCUUCAGAGGGAUUUCUUUGAUCUCAUUGAUAUUGACUCGUUUGGAAGUGAUUCUUCUUUCUUCCGGUCUGCUUUCGAUUGCUUGAAGAUCGAUGGUUUGGUUUAUGUUACUUCGACGGAUGGGUACUCUUCAGGUGGUCAUCGGCCCUACAAUUCACUAACUUCGUAUGGAGCAUACAUUCGCCCUAUGCCGUAUUCGAAUGAGAUUGGUUUACGAAUGCUUAUAGGUGGGGUACUACGAGAUGCUGCGGUCUUGGGGUACCGUGUUUCACCACUUUUCUCUUACUAUUCCUACCAUGGACCUGUUUUCAGAGUCAUGCUCCGAGUAAACCGUGGAAGACUUCCUGAAAACAGGCAUUAUGGUUUCAUCAGCUACUGCACUCGAUGUGGGAAUUCACAAUCUUGUUCAUGGGAUGCACUUGGGCAUCUUUCUUGUCCAUGCAGUAAUGGAGAGGUUUCUCCUGCUCUGGUUGUAUCUGGCCCGCUUUGGACUGGACCUCUUCAUAAUGGUGACUAUGUGACUGAAAUGUUAAACUUAGCUGGGCAGUGGAAAUGGACAAGUGGUAGAGGCACAAAUUUUUCUACAGAAAAAAAAGGCAGAGGCACAGAUUUGGAGAAGCUUUUGAAACAGAUGAUCGAUGAAAGUGAUCCCAAAUUACCAUUUGGAUUCAUCAAACUUGAUGAGAUUGGACGUCGUGCUAAAAUGAACACUCCAUCUCUCAGCACCUUGAUGAGUGCACUGCAGAAGGAGGGAUAUGCUGUUAGCAGGUCACACAUUGCCCCUAGUUCUAUCAAGACUAAUUGUCCCAUGACAAUGUGCAUUCAAAUAGCAAGAGAACUUCAAAAUGGAUGAAUGGGUUUGAGUCUGCAUGUCAAAUAUUGAUUGAAGCAAAACAGUUCCAGUCUUUGCCGACUGCCUAAUGCAUUUGUUGCAGAACAACCACCUUGUGUAAAGCCCCCAUGAAACAAAGUGCGCUGUUCUAAGAAGACUACUUUGGCUCAACAGGUUUUGAGGAUUGGAGACCCGAAGCUCGAGAUGGGUUGGACAUCUGAUCCUUCUCUUAUGUCUCAUUUACCAGAACACCCAACAUCCCUCCAUUGCCCCCCCCUCCUGAGAGAGAGAGAG